GCUGCUGCUGCACCUCUUCAUCGGGAAUAACCUCGAGGAGAAAAACCAUCACCCCAUCGUCGGCAGUCGGUUCCUGUGAAAGAAACAUUGCAUUGCGCACCUCCCUACCAUCACCAUCUCCUCAAUCAACCCUCCUCCUCCUCUCCUCCUCCUCCUCCUCAGCCUCGCCGCCACCGGAGGGGAGUUUUUCCUGUGGACUUUGCAGGGUGAGAAGAACACAAUAGCAGUGCUAUAAGCAGCAACCAUGGGAAAGCAGAACAGCAAGCUGACACCCGAGGUGAUGGAGGACCUGGUGAAGAAUACGGAGUUCAACGAGCACGAGCUGAAGCAGUGGUACAAGGGCUUCCUCAAAGACUGCCCCACCGGAAGACUCAACCUGGACGAGUUCCAGCAGCUCUACGUCAAGUUCUUCCCAUACGGUGACGCCUCCAAGUUCGCACAGCACGCCUUCCGCACCUUUGACAAGAACGGCGACGGUACCAUUGACUUCCGAGAGUUCAUCUGCGCUCUGUCCAUCACGUCGCGCGGCAGCUUUGAGCAGAAGCUCAACUGGGCCUUCAACAUGUAUGACCUAGAUGGAGACGGCAAAAUCACCAGGGUGGAGAUGCUGGAGAUUAUUGAGGCCAUCUACAAAAUGGUGGGCACGGUGAUUAUGAUGAAGAUGAACGAGGACGGCCUGACACCGGCGCAGCGGGUGGACAAGAUCUUCAGCAAAAUGGAUAAGAACAACGACGACCAGAUCUCGCUGGACGAGUUCAAGGAGGCGGCCAAGAGCGACCCGUCCAUCGUGCUGCUGUUGCAGUGUGACAUGCAGAAGUGAACCCCAACAUCACUCGGCCCACCUGCCCGCCCAUUUGCCCCUGCCAACCCUCUUAACGCCACCUCUGCUCGCUCCCCAAAUCCUUCCCCGUCACCCUGCUUGCAUAUACAACACACAAACAUACACACUGGACUGCUGUUUAAUUGUCUCAUUUCACAGAGGUUUAAAAAAAGAAAACCAAAAAAAAAAAGCUUGGACUCUUUUUCAAUGGACUCGCUUCUUGUGGUCGUAUGCAUGAGAAAUAUGUCAAAUAUUGCGGAAUCAUUUUGAACCUAGCGAUAAGAUAAUGCUACAUUUCUAUUUCAGAACAUGUUGUGGUGCACCGUAAAUUCUCCGCACACAAGCACUCAUCCAGCUUGUAUAUGGAUGAAGUCGAAUAGCCGGGUACUUUGUGACACGUCCGAAGGGAAGCGGCCAUAUUGCUAUCGGGGAAACAGGCUAGUAUUUGAAUUUGGUGUUGACUUUGCUGUUUUAGGGCAACCCAUCCAAGUUUCCGCCCAACAACAAUGACGAAAACUUUUGUCUAGUACUCGGUAGCUUGUUCUAAUUUGGGAGCAAAAUUUCAAAGACAAAUUUGACAAUGUGAGCCCGUCUUUGAGGGAGUCCAGGAAAUGGCCUAAACUCUAAAAUAUCCGCUUCAAAUCAAAAUGGCGGAUUUCUUUACCCUUUUGGGCAUUGAGGUUGUUUUUGAAAUGAUACGCCAACCAAAGUUGUUGUUCUGUUUUCCCCCCUACUAAUAUGGCGCCUCACAUCACGAGACGUGUGUGGAGAACCUUUCGGACCGGUGUUCCCACCAGCCAGCCUUCCCUCGCAAGUUGUUCACCGCUGCAACUCCCGUACUGCUUUCAGUAAUCGUAAAUAAAACAAUAAGUCCUCUGAUAAUUGUAACGAUAAGUGUCUCUGGCAGCCGGCCGGGCUUGUAGAGCUCGUGGAUGAUAGAGAGAUAUUCGCACACGAGAGAAAAAGUAUUGCAUGCCUAUAUUACGUGUCAAAAAAAAGAAGAAGAUAUAAAUAUAUAUAAUCUAUUACCUUUU